UCAUCUUUUAACAACAAAUAAGUCAAAUGUUAUUUACGACCGAGAGAUGCGUGAUUCGCGCAACUGCGCGAUACUUGCGGCGAUAUUUCGCAAACAGUGUUGAUAUUUUAGCGAGCAACUCGCAAGAACUUUCUUCACAAUCUAACGAGAAAAAUCUUACAUUGCCACGUCGUGAAGCCCAAAGGUCUCUAAAGAUUGCCUUUUUAGGUGCACCAAAUGUCGGGAAAAGUACACUCAUUAAUCAACUUAUUAAACGUUCGGUAUGUCCUGUAUCCUGCAAGGUACAUACUACACAAACCAAAGCACGUGGAAUUUAUUGUGAAGGUGAUACCCAGCUGAUAUUUAUGGAUACACCUGGCAUGGUUUCCAAAAAGGAAUGUCAAAAGUUUAAAUUAGCGAAUAGUUUCAAGGCAGAUCCAAAGAUCUCCCUGUGCAGUGCAGACAUUGUAGGAAUCGUACAAGAUGGGGAAAAUAUAUAUACUAGACACAAAAUUGAUUUAAACAUAUUGGAACUCUUGACUGAAGAUAUAAAAAACAGAAUUCCUAUAAUUCUCAUCAUUAAUAAAGUGGACAGGUUGAAGAAGAAGGAAAUAUUACUGGAUUUUGUAAAUACUUUGACCACAAGCAAGAAGUCUCCAGAUUUCUAUGAUGUAUUUAUGAUAUCUGCUUUGACUGGAGAUGGAGUUAAUGAUUUGAGGACUUAUUUGUUGGAUACAGCUAAACCACGAGCUUGGGAGUAUGAAGGUCAUAUUUACACCGAUAAUACGUGCGAGGAUAUAAUACGAUUGACGGUGCGAGCAAAGCUGAUGGAUAUUUUACCAAAUGAGAUUCCCUAUCGUUUACAGGUGAAGUUGGAACAUUUUGAUCCAGCACCCGACGACAGUGUCAAGGCAUUGAUAUCCGUCACAUGUCCCAACAAACGUAUCGCUCAUCUUUUAACACGUGGCAGUAACAAUAGAAUAGGCCAAGUUGCCGUUAUGGCAGAGGAAGAACUGCGACAUGCUUUUCGUACGUCAGUGAGAUUGAAGCUAAGCAUACAGCCAUCUUCGAAGUAAUUCAGCUUAUAUUUGUUACUUAUAAAAUAAAAAUUAAUGUUUCAAUACAAACCAAACUCAAAAGUUAA